UUAUGUAAAAAUGUACUGCGAUCUUUACAGAAUACGCAGAAUACUAUAAUUAUUGAGCAUUUUCAUCGUCCAAAAUAUCUGGAAAAAGAAAAAAAAUACUCUUAUUAAUCAAACUACAAUGGAGGAGCAUAAACGUCUAGCUGACAUCGUGAAAGAAACUCAUGUUUUAUUGCGCGCUGAGUACCACCAAUAUGGCGCCGAGAUGGCAUGGGAACGCCAUUUGGCGCGAAAUGACGUUCUACAGAGAUAUGCUAUAUCUAUGCAAAAAUUGGCCACUAAAUAUUGGGUGAACAGUAACACAGAUUUGCGAAAUGGAACGUUCUGUAGAAUGGAAUGGAUAAAAGCUCAAUGCAAAGAAUAUUUUCACAACGGUGGUAGAGAGAAAUAUGAUAAGAGAGAGCUAGAUAUAAUUGUUAAAAUGACUUCCUCUCCAGAAAAUUCGCACGAUGAAAGUACAACGUGCGAGAACCAUUCAAGCCAUACGGAAAAUGGUUUACAAAAUUUUUAUGGACGGAAAAUAUCGCUUUUAGAUGUAGGAAGUUGUUACAAUCCUUUAAGUGUUGACAAUGCGUUUGAUGUAACUGCAAUAGAUUUAAUUCCCACAAUAAGAGUCUAUCAAUGCGAUUUUUUGAACAUUACGAUCGGAAAGGAGAAAAUUCUCUCACGAGAUAUGCAGAAGAUUUGUCAAUUGCCCAUGAGUUUCUUUGAUUCUGUAGUAUUUUCUCUACUGCUGGAAUAUCUCCCAUGUCCAAAACAGAGAUACAUCUGUUGUAGGAAUGCAUACGAUGUGUUAAAGGAUGGUGGCAUACUGAUUAUCGUGAGUCCGGACUCGAAACACGUUGGUGCGAACGCGAGAUUGAUGAGAUCUUGGAGGUAUACGCUGAGCAAAAUGGGAUUCAUGAGAAUAAAAUACGAGAAACUGCGUCACAUUCACUGCUUGAUGUUCAGAAAGUGCGUGUGCAAAGACGUAGCGAUACGGUGGUCCAAAUUGCAUCAUUUUGAUGAGGCCGACAAGAAAUAUAUGUCCGAGACAAAGAUUUUUAUUCCGCAGGAUUUUCAGACUGUUCACUCCAAGAAUCAAGAACAAGAGAAAUUGGACGAAUAUGAGGAAACUGAUUUAGCGAGCGCUUUUUCUGAAUUACCGUUUAAUAAUGAAGCGUCAAUAUAA